UACAUUCAAUUUACGUUCCAAUUUUUAUUUGCUAGAAUUCGCAUUUUACAGAGACAUAUGUAUGACUUUCGUGCGUGACGAUCUCGUUGAUGGAUAUGCGAUGGGCGCAUUCCUCGAAAAUCCAAUGUUCCUUUUUGUGGACGAUGUGGAACCCAUCUUGCCGAUUUUCCGGUCUACCGAGUACGGUGAUACAGGCAGGAUUGUGGAACUGGCAGACGUUGGUUGCGACCCAGAAACCACAUUUCCUAUACAUUUUCCACGCGGCACGUUCGAUCGGCGUCGCGGUGGAGCCGAAGGCAUCAGAUCGACUCGCAGAACUACCAAAUGGCUCAACAACAGACCGAAUGAAUUUGUUCGAAGAGCUAAAGACGUAAAUAAUAAUAAAGGUAGAAAUGGGAAUUCCAUUCGAGGAAAAAUGCGGCGAGAUGAUUACGAUGACGUUCCCGACUUAGAUUCCAAUGAUCUCUCGUACACGGAGAUGACGGAGAAUUCCUAUUACGAUUUCGAGCUAUCAAAAAACGAUUUCACCGUUGAAGAAGAAGAUAACUAUUAUACCCAAUUCGUUAAUCCUCAGAAUGCAGUUGCGCAUUUUCACAGAGAAAGUAUUCCGCGAUACGAUUACUUGAAAGCUCGAGAAUCUCCAUUUACGCAGAGUGCUCGCGUAUCUCAAAGGGAGAACACUUCUCCGCGAUGGUUCGCUGAGAGUGAUGAAAAGAAUCUCCGCGAGAUUCACGGUGCCGAUGUUCAAUCGAGCAAGCGCAGAAAACGAACAAAGAUUCUUUCGAGAGCCAGCGAAAGUUUUAAUCACGAGGCGGAAUUCGGAAAUGCUCGCGAAGCAGUGACGCACCACGAACGAGAUAUUCCCAACGCCGCUGUUGAGCCUUCGAGGAAUAUGUUUUGGGACUUUAUUCCAUUCGAAAACGACGCUGAGUGUGAAGAAACAGCAUUCUACAAUCCACCGAGGACGAAAAAUUACGGCGGGUCACAGAAAAUGACACCACGCAGGAGAAGAUCAUAUGUCUUCGAUUCACAGCAGAAACGCGCAGAUAUUGUCAGUUUGGAAGAAGACGAAGAGUUCAAGAAAACGUUGAAAAAAGACAGGAGAGAAAACUUGUCUAAGAUACCGAUAAAUAGCGCAAGGUAUCGAACUUCAGAAGGCGAUGCAGUGAAAGAGAAGCCAAAAAUUUUGCGGUUAAACACAUCGAACGCGACUUCCUCACGCGAUCAAUCGAUGAGGACGGCCACUGACGAACAAAUUUCAAACAUGUAUUCUACAAAAAAAAAUUCAAGUAACAUGAGGCCGCAUUCAGCGACUGAGGAUAAAAAGACCAAAUCUCCGAUAAUUGAAAGGCGAGAAAAAAUCACAGCUCAAGGGAUCAUCGACGAUCGUCGGUACAAAUUCGUCAACAAACUAUCCAAUAAUUUUUUCAACAGAACUGGUCGAUCAACAAGAACGACUAAUCGCGUCGUAGACUCGAAGAGUAACAGACGAAUGUACACUGCAAACGAAAGAGAUAACGCAAGUUCUCAUCGAGCAAAUUCUGGAAAUAAUAAAAUGAAUUGGAGUAAUGUGCUUGUCUCGCGAUUGACAUCCAAGGAGAAGUUAACGAAGAACGAGAAGACAUUUGCCUUGAGAGUGACGGGUGCUUCCGCGUCGCGCGCGAAUGUGGAAAAAGAGAGAAGAAAAUUCUUCUCCAGGUUACCCGUGAGAACGUGGAAACGCCUGAGAACAAAAGAACCUGGUGCAUUGCGCCACGAGAGCGACGCGACGAACGGAGAUGUUAACCGAGAGCUUCAAAGAGCGGAAAGCGAGACUGCGAAGUCGAGCGAUCAUCCGGGGAGGGUGGAAAACGAUGACGUCCGCGGGAAAGAUCGUGCAAUCGCAAAUUGCAACGAUAUAAAACGGAGCGAACGUUUCGGAACAAGUUCGCUCGGUGCGGAUAAACCGGGCUUGACUUCCUCCGUUUUGCAGAGCAUAAAAGGAAUCAAGGGAUUGAAUGCGGCGAGGCAGACGCACGAACAACGAAAGACGAAAACGAGCGUCAAGUACUCUCCAAAUCGGAAUCACUGAAAUCCUACUGAUUUCGGUGCUACACUUGUAACUAUAUCAAUCAUGUGAUUUAUGCACUGUCUCUUCAGUCUCGGAUGAAAAUUUUUCUCAGAAUUUUUAUAUAAAUUGGAACACUUCAAAAAAUAUUGAAGAAAUCUACAUCAUUUCUCAGAAAUUUUCAUAUGUGAAUUCUGAAAUAUUCUAAGAUUUGUAUAAAAAAUCUGAGAAAUUUUCUAAAAAGUAAUAAAAUUAAACAGAAAUUUAGAAAAAUUCUGAAAUUUACAUAAAAAUACGAAAAAGUCUAAAUAAAAAAAGAAGUCUAAGAAAAAUUGUCACCAAGGUCAUAAAAUAUUCCUCAGAAUUUUUCAUAUAAUUUUCAAACUUUAUGUAAAUUUCGAAAUUUUUCAGAAUUUCUGUAUAAUUUGAGAAUUUUUAGAAAAGUUUUGAUUUUUUAUCUUACAACAUUUCAUAAGUUACAUGUACAAAAAUUUAACGAAGAAAAAGAUAUACAUCUUCUUAAUAUUUCUGAAAAGUGUAUAAAAUUUGUAUAAAAAUUCUGAA